AUUUCCUUCAUUGAUGACAGUUAACGUGGAUAAUAUGUGAUCUAACAAAAACCCUAGACUGCGCUAAAAAUUUAAAAAGCUUAACAAGGAUAGCUUCCAGAUUCAAAGCUCCGUAUUAAAAGUACAGUACGCAGACUGUAUGAAGAACCAUCUACGGGUGCGGAGUGCUUGAAGCUCAUUUUUAUCUUACGGUGUUAUACAGGCAAGCGGCAACUGGAAUUUGCCUAAAUAGCGAAGCGAAGUGCUACACAUAGACAUCCGCAGUUACAUUGCCUACACUAAUUAACAGAAGGACACACAUAAAUAGGAUAUUUCCUUUGCCUUUCUUUGCCAAGUUCACUUCCCCUGCUCACCCUUUCUUUAAACAAAAGGGCGGUAGUUAGGCGUUGGGAAAGUGCGAUCUGGUUACAUUGUGCUCAGCUGUGAUCUGCCUACAGUAUGAUGAAAUAGAAAAUCAUCCUAACCUUAAUCUAUUACCGAAGGUAUGUGGUAACAUCAACGAAGACUACACAAUAUCUGAUAAACCACAUUUUGAAGAGUUUCCCUGGAUGGCUCUGAUAUUUAACAGUGAAUCAGACAAAGAAGAAAAAUUCCUCAGUAGUGGUACCUUAAUAAACUCCAGAUAUGUUCUUACAUUGGUUGAAUGCACUGAUAUUGAUCACUAUAAUGCAAGGAGUGUUAGAAUUGGAGAAUACAAUAUAAACACUGAAAGUGAUUGCGAAGAUGAAGGUGGAGAUACAAUUUGUGCAUUGCCCGCGCAGGAUAUACGCGUACAAAAAGUCGAUAGAUCUUCUGAUUGCCAUGAAAAUGCAUCUUUUUUUACAAACUGCGUAGCUCUAUUGCGACUUGAAAAGGCAGUUGACUUCAAAAAACCUAAUGCCGGCGCAAUCUGUCUACCCAUGGCUAGGGAUCUAUUAAGUCGUAAUCUCUCAGGACUGCGAGGUACGCUCGCCGGUUGGGGACUAUCAAAUAAUCCUAAUACUUUGAGAAAGUCAAGUUCCACUGUUGUUUCAGAAGUCAAAUGCAUGGAAUAUAUCCGAACAAGAAAUGUCGACAAACUACUAAAUACAGUAUGUGUGAAAAGUUCUAAGCACUUCGAGAUUGGAGCACCUCUGAUGAUCAAAACUGAUCACAUAGGUUACAAAAGAUACACUCAGUACGGAAUAUUAUCGACAGGACUACAAGACAGCGAUAUUAAUAUAUUUGUAGAUAUUACCAAAUAUAUGAAAUGGAUUCUGGAUACAAUUAAAGUUUGAAUUGAGUUAA